UGCUAUGGCAGGGCUGGCUGCACAGGUGCCUCACGUCAGGGUUCCUGCGGCAGCAUCACCUGGUGGAUGCCUGGAGGAAUUUUCUUAUAUGCCUGAUGGUUCACUUCACCUCCAAAAAGGCAUCACGCUGACAGCAGUCCAGGCGGCGCGAGUGAUGAAAUUAAAAAAACCGACACUGGUGGUGAAGGAAACAGCCCAGUGCAUCUGGACACAAGCCGGGCUGGCGGCACGCAGUGUGUCCGGGGUGCUCGCACCAAAGAAGAAGAACUCUGGUGAAGAGCCGAAGCCUGCUCUAACUCCAGAAAAGAUUGGUGUUGUCAUAGCUACCUUAUCCCACUGGGCCACAAAGAAGGAUGUGGAUGCAUCUCCGGCAGUGGCAAACCUGACCAACAUUUUAACUGAAAAAAUUCAAGAUUCGAUCAAAGCGGAGAGGCGACUACAGGCUUCGCAAGAAUAG